UUGCGGCGCCCCUAGCGGCCGGGAGGAGGGGUUGCGGCGUCAGUGAUGGCGGACGAAGAGCUGGAAGAUUCCUCCUUGGUUCCCAAUGUGGCAGCGGGAGGAGGUCGAUCCGGGGACAAGAUGUUCACCCUGAAGAAGUGGAACGCGGUGGCGAUGUGGAGCUGGGAUGUGGAGUGUGAUACCUGCGCCAUCUGCAGGGUCCAGGUGAUGGAUGCUUGCCUUCGGUGUCAAGCUGAAAAUAAACAAGAAGACUGUGUUGUGGUUUGGGGAGAAUGCAACCACUCCUUCCACAACUGCUGCAUGUCGCUGUGGGUGAAACAGAACAACCGCUGCCCACUUUGCCAGCAGGACUGGGUGGUGCAGAGAAUAGGCAAAUGAAAAUGUGGAGUAUUCUUUUACUCACAUCUUUGUGGGUGUUAAUGUAUUUGGUUUGGUGGACUCCUGCUUGCUGUCCUAGUGAAGUGAGCACUGUAAGAGUGGCCUCAGCCUUUUUAUACAAAGGUGAUCAACUUGUAUUAAUUUAACUGAAUCAUAUACCAUUGUAGACUUGUAUAUAUUUAUUAAAAUCUGGAAUGAAAUAAA